GAGCAUGUUGGGUGCUAAGUACUACUGCCAGUAAAAGGCAACACAGCCGGUGAUUGACACUUCUUGCCUGCUUCUGAAACAUGCUCUCUUCAAAGAUAUGCUUCCGCCAGCUCCGGGCUUUGGCUUCAUUGGCACCCACUGUAUCUCAGCUUGAUAACACGUCUGAUUUCCUGGCUCACGUUCCUCACCGUAAACACCCUGGAGUCAUAAAUCUGAAAGUUGUUCAAUUGCCAAAGGAGGCUCAGGAUGCAGCAAAGGUUCUAUUACAAGGUAGCACUAUUAGAGAUUUACAAGGACACGUUAACUCCCUAAACAAUUUUCUUUGGAGUCGUAAACGCCCAGCUGAAGACAAGGACUUGAGAGUUCGGGCUGAAGAACUGGAGAAGAAGUUUAGAGCCUCUGUGGGUUGUGAUGCAGAGACUGAAAGUUUUGAACAGCAAGAGAAGUUAAGGAAUCGUGUGCUAAAUACUCUGCGCAAGAAUAUAUAUCAUUGGCAGCCAAUGAGCUACACAGAGGAACUGAGUCUGGUGUAUUUUGCUGCUCGUUUUGAUGGAGGAUAUGCAGCAGUAACCCGAGCUCUGAAAGAGAUACAUCAGCGUUGCCCGGAAUUCAAGCCUCAAACACUGCUGGAUUUUGGCUCUGGUACUGGAUCAGUUACAUGGGCAGCAAACAAUCUCUGGGGUAAAAGUCUGGUUGAAUACAUGUGUGUAGACAGUGCGGCACCCAUGAAUAGACUCAGUGAACUGGUGCUAAAAGGCGGCUCAGAGUCUGGUGAGAUGCAUAUCUCUGGAGUUUACUUCCGACAGUUUCUGCCACUUUCACCUAAGGUUCAAUAUGAUCUGGUAGUCUCUGCCUUCUCACUAACUGAUCUUCCAAGUCUGUCUGAAAGGGAGAAAGUCGUCCAAGCUUUGUGGAGGAAAACAGGAGGCUUUUUGGUGUUGGUGGAGAGUGGUACAAAGGAGGGGCAUCAACUUCUGAUGGAAGCUCGGGACAUAGUUUUGCAGAAAGAAGACAAGGAGAUUUGGGACCACCGUCCCCCCCAAGUAUUUGCCCCAUGUCCACAUCAGAUGCCAUGUCCUAAGCUGUCUAACAGGCUGCAGAUGCCCUGUAACUUUAUUCAAAAGUACCAACCACUGCCUUUCAACUGGAACCCUCAUGAGCGCUGGGAAAAAUUUUCCUUCAUAAUAAUUUCCCGUGGAUAUGUUGGAGGCGCUUACUGGCCACGUAUAAUUAGCCAUGUACUAAGUAGGCCACGACACGUGCACUGUCACAUGUGUUGUGCUGAUGGGGAGUUAAAGCAUGAAGUUAUUACAGCACGGAGGCAUGGCCGGGAUCUAUAUCGAUGUGCUAGAAACUCUGAGUGGGGAGACCGCCUACCUAUUCUUACUUCUACCGGGACCACCAAAGAUGAAGAUAGUGAAAAUGAGGAUAUGAGCCCUGCUUUAUGAUUUGUACAGCUGCUCAGCACCAAUUCAUCACUCCUGUAGUUCAGGACGUAAUCACCCCCUCCUGAAGAGCUAGCUUCAGGUGGCAUGAAAGGACCAAGAGGAUUUCUGUUACCCUAAGUUUCUUCAUGGAUGUUUAACUGAUUGUGAUAUUGUUUAAACCACUCUCCAGAUUAAUGAAUUAUAACUGUGGACUGUUCCAGACAUAUAUAAAUGAAUGAUUGUGCUGAAUGACGGAUGCCAAUUGUUAGGCAAUGCUGUGUACUCUAUAGAGUACUGAUAAAGUCUGUUUGUCUGAAAAGGUUUGCUGAAAAGAGACUUCACUUUUGCAUAAAUGAUUUUUCACAAGCA